AUGAAUAGGAAAAACUUGCAUUUAGCAGUUUUGAAACUUUGCAAGUGGUAUAACACAAAAAUACUUGGUUUCUACAUUGGGGAUACUCCAACAAUUGUUGCAAAUGAUUACGAAAGUGUAAGAGAAAUUUUAUUUAAUCAGGCGUACGAUGGUAGACCAGAUAUUUAUGUUGCGCGGUUACGCGAUCCAGAUCACGAAAAACGAGGAAUUUUUUUCACGGAUGGUCCACAAUGGAAGGAACAACGGCGCUUUACAUUACGACACUUACGUGAUUAUGGAUUUGGUCGCAGAUUUGAGACAUUAGAGAGCGAAAUCAGAGAUGAAUUAACAGAGUUGAUCAAUAUUAUAAAAGGAGGACCAAGAUAUGAACACGAAAAGCAAUUUUUCCGUAGUGAUGGUUAUGUAAAUUGUCCAUCUGCAUUUUUCAUGUGUUUAGGAAACUGUUUUUUACAAGUUCUGGUAGGAGAACGUAUUCCACGUAAAGAACAACAUACAAUUGCCAGAGCUGGUAUUUUGGGAAUUUUGUUUCAAAGAACAGGAGAUGACUAUGGGAAAUUACUCAGUGUUAUUCCUUGGAUACGAUAUAUUUUCCCGAAUGCAAGUGGUUACAACAAAUUUAAACUGGCAAACAAGGGUCUAUAUAAAUUCAUGAAAAAUAUAAUUGACAAGCAACUGAAAUCUUUUGAUAUAAAUGCUGAACGCCAUUUCCUUGAUUUGUAUUUUAAAGAAAUGAAAGGAAUAACAAACGACAAAGAAGAAGGUUUUUACUAUAAACAAUUGAUACUAGCGUGCAUUGAUUUUUUCUUUCCUGCAUUGACUGCAAUUGGUGCACAAACUAGUUUUUUGUUUGAGUUUUGCUUGAAAAAUCCAAAAAUCAAACAAAAUAUUCAGCAAGAGAUAGACGAUGUAGUUGGACAGGGGCGGCUGCCCAAUCUAGACGAUCGUGUUCAUAUGCAUUACACCGAAGCUUGCAUUAGAGAACUAUUGCGGUUCCAAACUCUGGUACCGUCUAGUAUUCCUCAUAAGGCAAUGUUCGACGUUGUCUAUCAAGGGUUUUUUGUUCCAAAAGGAUGUUUUAUGGUGCCAAGCUUGUACGCGAUGCACUUUGAUGAGAAAAAGUGGAUCGAGCCACAUACAUUUAUGCCUGAGCGAUUUUUAGACAGCAGAGGCCAAUUGUCACUCAAAAAAGAUAUUUCACUCCCAUUUGGUGCUGGCAAAAGAUUAUGCGCUGGAGAAACAUUUGCCAGAAAUAUCCUUUUCCUCUUCAUUACUGCUUUAUUUCAAAACUUUGAUUUUGAACUAGAAGAAGGCCUAGAUGUUGAGGAUAUCAUGAGGAAAAAUGAGACUGGUCUCAUUACUACCACACCUGAUUUUUGGUUGAAAUUUAUUGGCAGAUAA